AUGGCGGUGUCUCGUCGCUCAGCAGCGCAGCAGCAACAGACUAGUUUACAAUCUCCGCCGAGAAACAGCACAGUCUCGGGUGCCGCUUCGGCUGUUACGCCGAUGGCAGGGAUCGGCUCGCCGCAUGAAACCGAGCGGGAAUGCAGCGGAGCGAUAGAAGGCGCUCUGGCCUCUCCGGACCUGCCUGCCCCGGUCCUGGCGAGCAGCGCCAGCUCAAGCACGACAACCUCCGGUGGUAGCGCCGUCUCCAGCCCUGGCUCCGGGGCUACAAGCCCCGCCGACGGUAUUAGCGGAAUCGGCGGAGCCUUCCGGGAGUUGUUCGAAGCCUGUCGCAAUGGAGAUGUGUCGAGAGUGAAGCGGCUCGUCGACUCUGUGAACGUAAACGCAAAAGAUAUGGCUGGCCGAAAAUCCACUCCUCUGCAUUUCGCUGCGGGUUUUGGUAGGAAGGAUGUGGUGGAGCAUCUGCUACAAACCGGGGCAAAUGUCCAUGCUAGGGAUGAUGGGGGACUCAUCCCACUGCAUAAUGCCUGCUCCUUUGGCCAUGCUGAAGUUGUGGGCCUCCUUUUGCGCCAGGGUGCAGACCCCAAUGCCAGAGAUAAUUGGAACUACACUCCUCUGCAUGAGGCAGCCAUCAAAGGGAAGAUAGAUGUGUGCAUAGUGUUACUCCAGCACGGAGCCGAUCCAAACAUUCGCAACACUGAUGGAAAAUCGGCACUAGAUCUUGCCGACCCUUCUGCGAAGGCAGUGCUUACAGGAGAAUACAAGAAGGAUGAACUCCUCGAAGCAGCAAGGAGCGGAAAUGAAGAAAAACUGAUGGCUCUUCUGACUCCCUUAAACGUUAACUGUCAUGCCAGUGAUGGUCGAAAGUCAACGCCCCUCCACUUAGCUGCUGGCUACAACAGAGUCCGUAUUGUUCAACUCCUCCUUCAGCAUGGAGCUGACGUUCACGCCAAGGACAAGGGCGGCCUGGUUCCUCUUCAUAAUGCUUGUUCUUAUGGUCACUUUGAAGUUACUGAGCUCCUGCUUAAGCACGGUGCAUGCGUCAACGCUAUGGAUUUGUGGCAGUUCACUCCCCUCCACGAAGCAGCAUCCAAGAACCGUGUGGAAGUUUGCUCCUUGUUGCUGAGUCACGGUGCUGACCCAACCCUACUCAACUGUCACAGCAAAAGUGCUGUGGACAUGGCCCCAACUCCAGAGUUGAAAGAGAGGCUAACCUAUGAGUUCAAAGGUCAUUCACUUCUGCAAGCAGCUCGUGAAGCUGACAUGACCAAAGUGAAGAAGACCCUGGCUUUGGAAAUCAUCAGCUUCAAACAUCCCCAAACCAAUGAAACCGCUCUGCAUUGUGCAGUGGCUUCACCCCACCCAAAAAGGAAACAAGUGACCGAGUUGCUUCUGCGUAAAGGUGCCAAUAUUAACGAGAAGAACAAAGACUUUAUGACUCCUUUGCAUGUUGCUGCUGAGAGAGCACACAAUGAUAUUCUGGAGGUCCUGCAGAAACAUGGAGCAAAGGUGAAUGCUGUGGACACACUAGGACAGACAGCUCUGCACCGGGCUGCUCUUGCCGGACACAUCCAAACCUGCAAGCUGCUACUAAGCUAUGGGGCCGACCCAUCCAUUGUGUCACUGCAGGGUUUUACUGCUGCUCAGAUGGGAAACGAAGCUGUGCAGCAGAUUCUCAACGAAAAUGUUCCUACACGAAACUCUGAUGUGGACUACAGAUUUCUUGAGGCAGCUAAAGCAGGAGAUCUGGACACGGUGCAACAACUGUGCACCCCUCAAAAUGUGAACUGUCGGGAUCUGGAGGGUCGUCACUCCACUCCUCUUCAUUUUGCUGCUGGUUACAACCGAGUGGCUGUGGUGGAAUACCUGCUUCACCAUGGAGCGGAUGUCCAUGCUAAGGACAAGGGCGGCCUGGUUCCUCUUCACAAUGCAUGUUCGUAUGGACACUAUGAGGUUGCUGAGCUGCUGGUGAGACAUGGAGCCUCAGUCAAUGUCGCCGACCUUUGGAAGUUCACACCACUUCACGAGGCAGCAGCAAAGGGAAAAUAUGAGAUUUGCAAAUUGCUGCUCAAACAUGGAGCAGAUCCCUCAAAGAAGAACCGUGAUGGCAAUAUGCCACUCGACAUGGUGAAGGAUGGAGACACUGACAUCCAGGACCUGCUGAGGGGUGAUGCUGCGCUGUUGGAUGCUGCCAAAAAAGGCUGCCUGGCUCGUGUCCAGAAACUUUGCUCCCCAGAGAACAUCAACUGUAGAGACACUCAGGGCCGUAACUCGACACCACUUCACCUGGCAGCUGGGUAUAACAACCUUGAAGUUGCUGAAUAUCUGCUGGAACAUGGCGCAGACGUCAACGCCCAAGACAAGGGAGGUCUUAUACCUCUACAUAAUGCUGCUUCCUAUGGCCAUGUAGACAUCGCUGCCCUGCUCAUCAAAUAUAAUACAUGUGUGAAUGCCACAGACAAAUGGGCUUUCACACCCCUGCACGAAGCAGCCCAGAAGGGGCGCACACAGUUAUGUGCCCUGCUGCUGGCUCACGGGGCUGAUCCAACUAUGAAGAACCAAGAAGGCCAGACAGCCCUGGACCUGGCCACGGCCGAUGACAUUAGAGCCCUCCUUAUGGACGCCAUGCCCCCAGAUGCUCUACCGAGCUGCUUCAAGCCACAGGCCACAGUGGUCAGCGCCUCCGUCAUCUCCCCGGCCUCCACACCGUCUUGCUUAUCAGCUGCCAGCAGUAUAGACAACCUGGCCGGGCCGCUGAAUGAGCUGGCCAGCGGUGCUGCUGCUGGGAGCUCAGGAGUGGCAGACGGAGCCGCGGGGAAUGACCGCAAAGAAGGAGAAUUGACAGUGCUGGACAUGAACAUCAGCCAAUUCCUGAAGAGUUUGGGCCUGGAGCACUUGAGGGACAUUUUUGAAAGAGAGCAGAUCACUUUGGAUGUCCUUGUUGACAUGGGCCACGAGGAGCUCAAGGAAAUCGGAAUCAACGCCUACGGGCACCGUCACAAACUUAUCAAGGGUGUUGAGAGGCUGCUGGGUGGUCAGCAAGGUGCCAAUCCAUAUCUGACAUUCCACUGUGCCAACCAGGGCACAAUACUUAUAGACCUUGCCCCAGAUGACAAGGAGUAUCAGUCGGUGGAGGAGGAAAUGCAGAGCACCAUCAGAGAACACAGAGAUGGUGGCAAUGCAGGCGGCGUGUUCAGCAGAUACAACAUCAUUAAGAUCCAAAAAGUGGUGAACAAGAAGUUGAGGGAACGUUACACACACAGGCAGAAGGAGAUUGCAGACGAGAACCACAACCAUCAUAACGAGCGCAUGCUGUUUCAUGGUUCUCCAUUCAUCAAUGCCAUCAUACACAAAGGAUUUGAUGAGCGUCACGCUUACAUUGGAGGAAUGUUCGGGGCAGGCAUUUACUUCGCUGAGAACUCCUCCAAGAGCAACCAGUAUGUUUACGGCAUUGGUGGGGGUACAGGAUGUCCAACACACAAAGACCGGUCCUGCUACCUGUGCCACAGACAGAUGUUGUUCUGCCGGGUGACUCUAGGAAAGUCCUUUCUACAAUUCAGUGCCAUGAAAAUGGCUCACGCUCCCCCAGGACACCACUCUGUGAUUGGGCGGCCUAGCGUUAAUGGCUUGGCUUAUGCCGAGUACGUGAUUUACAGAGGCGAGCAGGCCUUCCCAGAGUACCUCAUCACCUACCAGAUAUUAAAACCAGAGAGUGCAGCCCAGUCUGCUGCAGGAGCUGAGCAGAAGUCAUAG